AUGACUGUAUCAUUUUUAACAGUGUUGGUGUAUGCCAUGUACCCGUUCAAUAUACUUUUGUUGUUGGAUCUGAAUAAGCAACCAAUGCUAAACUUUUUGUUGCCACCGCUUCUUUUUCUUGGAACUUCUUCCAAGUUUUUCCAUGACAGGCUUGUCUUUGUCGUGGUUUGCAAUGCAGAAAAACUGAAUUUGUUAAAAACGCUAGAUAAGGAAACUUUCAAAGCCAAUGAAACAACGAGAACAGAGAAGACAAGUAACAAGGAUGACUCCCCAGUCACAAUCAUAUUUGCGGGUGAUAUCAGCUUAGACAAACCAAUCAGAAAAGACAAUGGUUCAUCUUGUGAAUACUCUGGUUUAUUAGCGAACGUCUCCAAAUACUUUGCUAGUGUUGACUACAAUAUGGUAAAUUUGGAAGCUCCGUUUGUUGAUCGGGUAACAUCUAAGAAAACAUUCUUACCUGAUAAAGGAAUACAUAACAUGGCAUGGCCAGAAGGCAUUGAAGCGUUGACGUCGGCGGGAAUCAAAGGAGCAACCAUUGCAAAUAAUCACAUGGGGGAUUAUGGAGGAGAUUCAGUUUUGCUGACUCAACAAAUUCUCCAAGAGAAUAACAUCGAUGUGAUAGGAAUGACCACUGGUGAGAAACCACCAUACAGCUCUCAGAAACCUCUCAUAAAAAAAAUUAAAGGUGUCAAGAUUGGUUUCCUUGCAUAUUGCGGAGACUCGAAUGAAGAAUGUUUAAGAUUUCGACCUGGGAUCAAAGCUGGACCAGCUUUGUUAGACAAGAAGACUGCUGAGCAAGAAAUACCUAAAUUAAAAGAGAAAGUGGAUGUGAUUGUCUUGUUUCUUCACUGGGGCAAAGAAUACAUGGCCAUUCCGAACGAGCCGCAAAGAGAAGUAGCAAUAUAUCUGAAGGGACUAGGCGUUGAUCUUAUUAUCGGCAGUCACCCGCAUGUCAUGCAAGGACACGAGUGGAUGAAUGACACAUUGAUUCAUUAUAGUUUGGGAAACUUUGUUUUUCAUCCUCAUUUUACAUUUAUGGGAGCUCUUCAUGGUAAACAGAAUAAAACCGCAAUACACGAUAAGUAUAUUGAAAUGUCAAAAAAAUCGCGAGGACCUGCAGGAAUCACAGAGUUAUUCAAAGUUGAACUAACAAAGAAAGGAAUUAAAGACGCAUAUUAUUUACCAAUUCGUAUUCAUGUUGAUCGAAACACAGCCUGUUUGUACCCGAAGGCAAAGAUUGAAGAAAACUGGUUAAAAGUUUGUGGACCAGAAGACGAUAAUUGCUACGUACCAAGGCCUGGUGAACCUAUAUAUUAA